GGUAACUAGUCCGUUCUGUGUAUUGUCUAUCCGGCUGCACAAUGGCUGACACCUGUCACACACCCUUUGUGACAGGUAUCCUGUGGUUAAUACUGACUUGGGCCGCUGUGUUAGUAAGUUCUCAAGUACAAGUACCGUUCGCCAGCAACUGUAACUUUGACGGGGGAGCAGGGGACCUUCUGUGCGGCUUCGUUCAACAAACCGUUGGGGAUGACUUCGACUGGGAAGUCGGGUCUGGUCCGGUGGAGUCUCUCGGACUGAGCGGUGAUCACACGGGCGGGGGGAGUUAUGCCUACUUCAACACCACCGGCAGAACCCCGUCCCAAACCGCCAUCCUGCGGUCCAUGCAGCUGGCGUCCGUCAUAAACCACUGUCUCACCUUCUACUACUACAUGGCGGGGACGGGUGUGGGGUCUCUGGCUGUGCUACAGAAUCAGAUCGGAGAGCAAUGGCGGACUGAGCUCUGGUCGGUAGAAGGAGACCAGGGCCGGGAGUGGAGACAAGCCCGGGUGGACAUCACGUCUCCACUGGAUGUUGGCGGCACGCCUAUGGGCUAUAGGAUCAACUUUGACGCAGUGGUCGGCUCAGGGCAGCCGGGACUGAUCGCGAUAGAUGACGUCGUCUUCAUCAACGGACCGUGUGACAGUGACGGUUGUAACGUACCACUGGGGAUGGAGAGCCGGUGGAUAACAGACGACCAGAUCACCGCCUCACCCAGCGGCCAGGACUACCCGCCAGCUAAGGCUCGUCUCCAUGGUAACGGCUGCUGGAUACCCUCCACUCCCCACAGUUCCUGGCUGCAAGUGGAGUUCCCCACUACCAUGAUCUUAACUGGUAUCAGAACCCAAGGCUUUAGAACCGGGUGGAUAACCAAGUACAAGGUCGAGUACUCCGAGACACUGUCUUCAAUGUGGAUCACGUGUAACGCGUUUAUAACAACUGACCAGCUGACCGGAAACGUUGAUGCAGACAGUGUUGUGGAACACCUGUUCUCAGGUCGGCUCCAGGCGCAGCGCAUCAGAGUCAUUCCUAUACAGUAUCACAUGCAGCCCAGUCUCCGGCUGGAAAUCAUCGGAUGUGCCUUCGCCAUGUUGGAGUGUACAGGAGAGUCCAUGCAGAUUGUGUUCCGUCGAUCACAUAUUCCAGACUUCGAUAAGGAUCAUCUGCACCUCAUAGACCCAUCAUGCACAGCGACCGGAAACGCCACACACCUCAUCCUGACUGCUCCGUUUGAAGGAUGCGGAACGGUCAAGACGGACACAGAAUCAGAAAUCAUCUACUUCAACAAGGUCCUCAGCCACGACAACGACGGCAUCGCCUUCAUCACUCGCAUCCGGGAACUUGAGGUGCCUUUCGAAUGCCGCAUGGACUCACGGGAUACCGUGAGCGCCAUGUUCAGCCCACAGGUCGAGAAGAUCUACUUCUUCACGUCGGAUCAUGGGAAGUACAACUUCGACAUGCAACUGUUUCAGUCUGUCACCUUCCAGCAGCAAAUAGACACUUUCCCGUACGUGGUACAGUUGAACCAGCCGCUUUACGUGCAAGUGGAGGUUUUGACUCCCGACCAGGAUCUACAGCUGUUCGCAGAAAACUGCCUGGCCACUCCGACAGCGAACAUGCAAGAUCCAAUGUCUUACACAUUCAUCAGCGAUGGAUGCCCGGUGGACAGUACCUUUCUGUCGCUGUUCUCGAGCAGCCUAAAACAGCAGCGUUUCAGUAUCAACUCAUUCGCUUUUGUCAAGGACUAUCCUGAGGUGUACUUACACUGCACGGUGAUGGUGUGUAACGCCACAGACCUGACUUCUCGGUGUGCCCAGGGCUGCCUGCCGCCUUCAGCCCGGCAGAAGAGGACUGCUCCAGGUGCCGAGCCUCGGUACAACGUGUACAAGGGACCCAUUCUGAACCCAGGGUACAAGCGAUCCAGGGACACAGGUAUGUUAGAAGAUGUUGAGGAGAAUCGUGGGGCCCGCGUUCCUCCUGGCGUCAUGACGUCACUGGUUAUCGCCGUCGGGCUGCUGCUGUGCGCCGUCGUCACGCUGGCGGGCGUCAUCGUCUACAUGCGCAGGCGCACAGACCACAAGACGGCCUACAUGGCUCUGCCGACUGACGAUGGCCCGGAGUGAAUGUAAUCUCCAAGCAGAUCAUAGGGUGGUAAAACACAGUA